UGCAACCAUUACUGUGCUCGUUUAGGUAUACCUACUGAACUCGAAAAAUAUGUGCGAAAUAAGUCAUUUAAGUAGAUAUCAUUUUAAUUCUCAAGUUUGACUUACUUGAAUACUAUUCAAAGUGUUACUGAAGUGAUUUUUGAUUUUAUGUGCCAGUAAUUUGUAAAUUGUUUCGAGUGUCUUUUGCGCAUGUGCAACUUUAGUGCUCAUUUUUUUUAGGAAAUAGCCUCAUGGUAAAUCAUUUGAAAACAUACAUUGGUAGUCGAAGAAAGUUACGUUGGUUUUUAUUGUACCUGUUUUUCGCUUGUUUGUGUUGUUGGGCUGCAGUCCUCUUUUUCAUUUACUACAGAGAAAAGUAUAUCAAAAAUAAUACUCAAAAUGACACAGCAUCAGAACAAUCCGGGAUGAAUAUCCCUUACUUCAAUUUGAACGAAAGUCAUUUUUACACAGCAGCAGUGAUCGACUACGAUACUUUACUACGAAAUGAUGUAGUCAGUACGUGGAAAACAAAUAUACAAAACUACAUCGAUAUUAUAGCAGAAUGUAGCAAACAUAUGGUCGAUAUUGUUGUUUUUCCAGAAGGAGGAAUUCACGGAUAUGCUCCAAUGGGCAGAUAUACUGCAUUACUUACAUCAUCCUAUGUUCCUUCUGUUCACCAAUUUAUUGUUCCUUGCCAUCACAAGGAUUAUGAAGAAAAUGCCCUCCAUUAUUUCUCUUGUGCUGCCAAAGAAAACAAUUUGUACGUAGCAGUGAAUUUGAUAGAGAAGGUAUCAUCUCCCAGGUCUUUCACAUGGGAUGGUCACUUGUUGUACAACACAGAAGUGGUUUUUGAUAGAAAUGGAAUGGUUAUUGCAAGGUACAGGAAAUACAACCUAUACACUGAGAAAUGGGGUUAUGAAAUCAGUAGUCCAGAUAAACCAGAACUUGUCACUUUCACUACCGAUUUUGGAGUAGAAUUUGGAGUAUUCACUUGUUUUGAUAUAUUCUUCGAUGAGCCAGCCCUUGAAUUAGUCAAAAAACGUAAAAUAACUCAUUUUAUUCAUUCUUCCCAAAUGAUGACCAGGCUGCCUUUUCUGACAGCUUCAUCAGUGGAAUUUGGAUGGUCAUUCGCUCUGGACGUGAUAGUCUUAUCAUCUUCAAACCCCUACCCCAAGUACACCAUUGGCACAAAUGUAUAUUUCGGACGUCUCCAAGGUACUCGCACUUACAUAAAGCCAUUUCGAACCUCAACCAUUAUAAUAUCCCCAGUUCCCAUAAACCCUCACCUCACCUCUCCCCAAUACCCUGACGAAUACCGUUCAUUACAAAAAUACACUCCAAGGAACGCCAGACCAACCUCAUUCCUCGUGGAGCACGUCCUCAAUCGAAUGACCACCAAACCUUUGAUCAUGUUUAAAAAUAACACGUCAAAUUUCACUUAUAAAAAAGCUACGUUCGAAUGUAACAUAAGCGCAUCUUGGAAGCAGCCUGGAUUCAUUCCAAAUUACCAAUUUAUCGCCUACGCUGGUCUUAAUAAUUAUUCUGUCGCUGCCAUCAACAACUAUGUGGAAAUUUGUGGUCUAGUGUUGUGUUCUAGGACCACUUACUCGUCCUGCCUGCAACCUGCUUACUUCGAAGAUGCCUUGAAGAUGGUUUUUGAAUCGGUGAAUGUAUCGACUCGGUCUACGUCAUUGGACUCAGUAAGGAUCCCGACUGCUUUUGAUUCCAAUUUGGUGGCUUUGGAUGGGUCGAAUUUCCAUUUCAGUAGUCAUCACGAGGAAUAUGGUGGAAAGAUUGUGAAUUGUGUGGAUAUGAGACUUAAACAUUCUAGAGCGAAUUUGCAUACUUUCGGAGUUUAUAAAUUCAGCUCGAAAUCGACACCUAUCAGUUAUUUUAAUCAAUUUGAUAAUGUUAUGAAUUUAGAUAUGAUCAUGUGAAAUUGAAACAAUGAUAUUUGUAAUCCUUCUCGGGUGUGGACUGGCUUAAAUGGUCUUACCUGGAAUCCUCAGAGGAUUCUGAAUGCUGAUGAAAGGUUUCCUAAAUGUCAAAGAGACCCCUAGUGGACCUUUGUUGCCUGUUGACUUUUAAGAUCUUUCAUGAAAGAACCAACCACAUUUGGAAAUUUUGGCUUUUUCUUCAUAAUCAAUCAGGACCCCUCCCCCCACUCUCCUUAUCAAAAUAAUGUAAAGCAUAAAAUUUUUUAUUUUGCCAAUUUGGUUUCAAAAUUUUUCACCAAUUUAUGAGCCUGAUGAGCCUCUAUAACUUGACCAGUCCACCCCCAUCCUAUUUUUUUUCCAAACAUGUGUACCUACUCAAUUACAUACCUAUUUAAUGAAAAAUUUGUCAAAAUCUCGACCAUGUAACUAAAUUAACAGAAAAUUAAACCCUCUAAAAA